ACCUUAUUCGAUUGGCAAUCAGACGGAAUCGUCUAUAUAAGCAGAAUCAUUAGCGAUAAAUCUUUAACUACGUAGCAGCAAGCUGAGAAUCAACCAUGAAGUUCCUCCCCGGAUUUUUGGCAGUUUUUGGAUUUCUCGAAUUGGUAAACGGCGCCGCAAUCGACGGCAGAAUCGUUAACGGCGUGGUAGCAGCCAUAACCGAUUUCCCUUGGCAGGCGUCACUGAGACGUAAUCUGGGUAGACACUUUUGUGGAGGCACCUUAAUAUCGAGCGAUAUCGUACUCACGGCUGCGCAUUGCGUCGACUCCUUCGCCGCCAAUGAAGUGAACGUUGUCACCGGAAGUGACAGUUUGGCGAAAGGUGGUCAAUAUCACGGAGUCAAGAAUAUCAUCUAUCACGCUAAUUAUUCAGCUGGUGCCGUAUCUUCUUGGGAAAAUGACAUAGCGCUUGUAAAGCUGUCAACGGAAGCUCCUGUCUCCGCUAGACAAGCACCAGCGUCCGUUGGCGUCGAUUACGUAACAGGCAAUACUUCAGCCGCGUUGAGUGGAUGGGGAAGAGUUAUACAUCCUGGUUAUUCCCUGCCAACUGCGCUUCAAAGUGUCAACUUGACAAUUCUGUCAAACGAAGAAUGUCAGGCAUAUCACUCCUUGACUAUCCAUGAUACCCAUAUCUGUGCUUUUUCCACUUACGGCGAAGGCGUCUGUAGCGGUGACAGUGGCGGUGGCCUGAUCGUUGACGGCGCAGUCGUCGGUAUCACUUCUUGGGCCAGACUCUGUGCCGUCGGUGUUCCCGAUGUUUACACCAGGGUAUCGUCUUUCGUUGACUGGAUCGACGAAAAGAGCGAAGAGCUUUCGAAUUAAAGGAACACGUCCUUCUAGUGGACUCAGACUUGCCACUUCGUUUGUCCUAGACUGAACCCAAAAGGAGUAAAAAAAAGGUUCAAAGAAACCUUAAGCAAUGGAAAAUUAUGAACUUUGACAUUGAUUAUUAUUAUUAACUCAUUGAACAUUCAAUGAUUUUACUGAUUAAUUCUACCUUGAUGGAACUUUAAUGAUCUUAUGGCUCAUGGUACUGUCAUGAAGUGUUUAUAUAACUGAUGACAAUUUAACUCGUAAAGUGCUCAUAACUUAGUUCGGUAAUAAAUCAUUGUACGGCUUCAUGAUUUUCUCGUUAUUAGUUUUUUUUUUUUUCAAAGAUUAUCUUUUCAGCACUUUAAUGGUCUUCGGUGAUAAUAAUUGUAUUAUGGUUGAUGAUAAUGAUAGCGACGUGGCGAUAGGUGUCAAUUUGGUGUUAAUCAGUUUUUCAGAAAUAUUUUUAAAUUUUCAUUUUUCUUUUUUUUUUAGUAUUCUGAUGAUUUAUCAUUAUUCCAUAAUUAAACGAAAAAUUGCAUAUAGUGAUUCGUGAUAAGGGGUAAUCAAUUUUUGAUAAGGAUCUUUUAUUUUUUGUCAAUAAAUAUUUCGUGACAGGUAACGUCAACGCUGACUAUAUCUAUGGUAGGUGAUUUGUCAUUGGAAAUUUAUGGCGUUGGCGUUAACGUGGGCGUUGACGCUAAGUGAGACGGUAUCACUUUUAUAUUGAAAUUGAGAUCAAGUGGUGAGAUCGCAUUAAGAAAAAGAUAAAAAAUUGUAUAAAAUUCUUCUUAUCCAAUAGCAAUUUUAAAAAAUGUUUAGAGGAAAAUUUUUUUAACAAAGGAUUAAUCAAUAAAUAUUAUUGGUGUCAUGUAACUACGAUAGGAAUGCCUAUUCAUUAUCUGUCCAUGAUAACUUCUAAGCUAAUGGCAAUGAUAUCUGUCAAGUGUCAUUGGUUUCGUAUCUUGAUAGGAUUUUUUCUGUGACUGAUACUAGGACAUUGUGGAUUGAUUCAUGUACAAAGUCGAACGCGUUUCGUAACAGUUUAAGUAAUCCCAUGAUAAGUGCCAGUAAUAACACUUUGUCUUGUAAAAAAUUUAGAAAACUAAAUAAAUACUAGUAGUCAUAGUUUC